UUGCUCACUGGACAAAAAAGUUUGUGUUGUUUGCUUAUGAACACUGUUGUGUGCGCGCUCACGAUAAAUUGCGCUCAGCUGUUGAGGCGCUCUGCGGAGCUCCGCUGCGGGCUGCGCGUUCACGUCACACACCUGCAGUGACCCCUUGUGGUCACACGCACCCGCAGAAAGGCCACCGCAACAGUAAUGCAUCAAAGAUGACAAGUGGAGGCCAUUCAAAGUCAGGUGGGAAUGUCAAAACCCAUCAUGGCUAAUUUAUAUUAGCUUAUUGAUCGGCAAAUCUGACUUUUGGUGGCUCACACAAAUGUGAUCCAAAUGUGUGCUCAUGACCAAAACAACGUCUGGAGACUUUUCUAGGUCGCCUGCUGUUGACUCACUGUUGCUGUGCCGUCAGAGUUUUGAUGGAAGCCUCAUUGAUUUACAACUAUUAACUGCACGUUGUCCUCUUUGCCCUCGCGGCGUUUCAAUCUUGGCACAGGGGAAAGUUGUCGGGGCUGUUUCCCAUUACGGCAGGAAUCACAUUGGCCUUUCUUGUCCCAAUUGGAAACAGGCUAUCGAGAAUAUCGAGUCGACCGAGACGAAAGACAGAACUCACGUGAGGAUUAAAUUAAAGACAUGUUAUCAAAGAGCCCGGACACUACAAAUUACAAAUUAAACGAAAAAAGAUUUUUUUUAACGUAUCCAAAAGAUAAUACUGAGUGUGUUUUUAGUUUCAAUUGUGCAACAAUGUACAAAUGUGCAUUGUUUUGAUUUGCAAGGCCGGUAAGUUGGGGGUGAUUCCUCUCAGCAUCUUCGCCCGCCCCACUGUGGUCAGCAUUCAUGGCUCCCCGCGGGGGGUCAAGGUCCAUUACAAUGGGCAAAGAUCACCCUGCCCCGAAGGUUGUUUUGUUACAUACCCCCCCCCCACUCUCCUCCCCGCCUCGCUAGCAUGUUGAUUGAGAAAAGGGAGCACGUUCAUUACGGAGGUCAUUAGCGGAGUCACAAACAUGUUCACACUAUCUGCCGGCUAAACAAAUACAAGCGGCGGCCAUCUUGGUGUCACUACGAAUGGACAACAAAAAGAGAGUUGACAUCGUGAAACUCGAAUCCUAAUUCGUGUUUGUAAAAAAACAAAACUUUAGUGGCGUUUCUAUCUUUGUUACAAUACGCAAGAAUUUCAUCUUUUCAGUCCAUCGAGGCCAUAUUUACAUAUUGCUAAUGGGUCCAGUUGCGGCCAUUGUGUCAGCUAAUUGAGCAGCAAUUAUGUCAUUAGUCUGUGUUAGCAUGUUUUGAUAAAGGAUUUAAGUAGCCGGCGCAGGAUAGCGAUCACCUCUGUCUGCCGUCAACGAUAUGCAAAGGGUCCUGGACUUAUCCUGGCAUCAGUCUGAGGGAAAGUACUGAAUGCUAAUCAACGGUUAGCCUACAAAAGCAUUGAUAAAAAAAAUUGGAUUUGUUUUAGGAAAUGUGAAAUGCAGGCAAAUACAUUUGUUAGAAUUGAAGUAAUGUGUGAUUGCCAAGAAAAAUGAGUUUUUCUCAGCCCCAUUUAUGCCUCCCCCCAUUGACCCCCAUCAGCCCCCCCACCCCCAUCCCUGAGAACUAAUAGCUGAUGGUAAUUACAUUUAAUGAGAUCAUGGGGUCGUCUGCAGGGUGCACUCCUGCAAAUUGGUCUCGGCAUGGGGUCUGAGGUAGGGGGGCGUUGGGGUUUAGGUCCCCAGAUUGUUUUUUGGGGGGAGUCAUGCAGUGACUAGUAGCUCUUGUGGUCGUUCCCAACUUUAGGGGGGACGUCGGGCGGUGACUCGUUGUUUUAGCUAAUCCAUUAACAACUAAUUGUCUCCUCCUCCCUCGCUACUUGAACAAACAGCCCAUUGGGAGGGGGCCGGGGUUACCCACAGGGGGGUCGACUUGGAGCCUUAUAAAAGUGAAAGAGGAGCUCGGACACUGUCACUUGCUGACGCUGAGAUUUUUGCUGCCACCUCCAAGACGCCAAGUCGUAAAAUUCCCGACCUGGUCUUGAUUUGCCCUCCAUUUUGUCUGCCAUGUUGCCCAGCGUGUGGAUGGCGAGCCUGUGUCUGUGCUUCACUCGGACCGAGGCGCACAUUUGGGCGUGGAUGCUGAACAUGCCCCACAGUCCACCCAAAGACGGGACCGUGGCUAUUCGGGACGUCGCGGCCCCUGCCAGAUCCACCACGGCGAUGUGCCACCACGACAGGACCUGCGGGCGAGGUUUUUCCUGCGACCGCCACUUCGGCCUGUGCGUCCCCCUCCGCGGGGAGGGGCACUACUGCCGCAGGGACGCCCAAUGCGUGCGAGGCCUCAGCUGCAUGUUCGGCAAAUGCCACCGCAGCAUUCCCAAUGGGCAAGAGGGCGCGCGAUGUAAGGUGGACCGCGACUGCGGGGCGUCCAUGUGCUGCGCACGCCACCACGGCGAACGCGUGUGCAAGCGGCGGCUGAUGCGCGACGACGGCUGCUACGUCCCCGACGGCGGCCUGGCGUUCAGCAUCAACCAGAUCUGCCCCUGCGACGAGGGGCUGCUGUGUCGGGAGAAUAUCGCCCCACACAGGAGAGAGAGGGAUUUUAUUUACCAGAAGGAGCACACAAGCUGGACGUGCCAGGUUCCCAAAAGCUAACGCCGAACUCAAUCCUAACACUAUUUAUUAACUCCAUUGUACAGGAUUUUGUAUAUAAAAAUUGUCUCCAUGUUUUGAUUAUUUCUUGUAAUAUUUGUGACCUGAAGCACUCCACUGACCUGCGCUCAUAAUAACACUGCUGUAUUCCAAUAGAACCAAUAAAAAAUGUGAAUGUGUCCUCGAA